UUGAUAUCGCUUCGUGAACUAGUAGAACGAAGAGUCGGGGCCAAACUAUCACUGUCAAUGCACGUGGCAAGACAUUCCAUGACCAAGUGCAUGUCAUUACGUGAUAUCUGUGCAGUGGAUUACAAUAGUACUAAGUUGCUAUAACUAAUAUCGCGGAUUACAGGUAGAAGGUCCAUCUGUUAACAGGACGAUACGGGCUGUGUUUAGACUCAAGACGCGGCAAACUACAACUUGACAUCAGAACAGAUUUACAGAAUGGAGGGGAUGAAGCGAGGCAACCACAGGGUCCAAUUUGUUAGCGAACGUAAUGCAGCUGCCGCCAUAAAACACGACAUCAUCGACGCUUUACGUAAGAUUCCUGUGUCGUCCAACGAGUUCCACAUAGGAGACUAUGGUGUGGCGGAUGCAUCCAUAUCGAUGGACGUUAUACAGGCUAUGUUAGAAGAAAUCCGCCGCCUCUAUGGUGGCGACCUUGAGAUAAGCGUCAUGUAUGAAGAUACUUACAAGAAUGACUUCAACUCGCUCUUUCACAAACUGUAUGGUCCCGUGUGUGAGCCCCCCAGUUACCUUGGCAACGACUCACGACUUUUCAUAUCAGCAUGUGCCACCAACUUCUACCAACAGUGCGUGCCCUCCAGUUCCAUGGACAUGAUGUUGUGUUUCAUCGCACUGCACUGGCUCUCCAGACCUGUUGACCUAAAUGGCGACGCGACCUCUGAUCUAUUUCUGAACACGAUGUCCAGGGACGCUGCCAAGAAAAUCGCAUCUGAUGACUGGAAUAAUUUUCUUCACUGUAGGUCCAGGGAACUCAAGAAAGGUGGCCAUCUUGUGUGUUCAAUCCCUAUCCACGAUCCCGAGCUGCUCUACGGUAAUGCUGUGUCCUCGGCCGAUGGCCUCUUCACAAUCUUCAACAUUAUGCUCCGGAAGUACUGGAAACAAGGGAAGAUAUCCAAGAUGGAGAUGAAGAAGGCUGUAUUGAAUGAAUACUUCCGAACAGUCAACGAAAUCAGACAACCCUUUGAUGACCUCACAUCGCCCAUCAUUAUAUCUGGACUAAAACUGUCUCAACUGGAAGUUAAACAGAUCGAAUGUCAACACAAGACAAAGUGGAGGAACCGUCUCGUGAAAGACGGAAUUGAUGACCGUGAAAAGUUUGCCCAUGGGAUGGCGGAUAUGAUCCGUGUAUGGACACAAGGCACAAUGGAGUCCGCCCUAGCAGCGACCAGGAGAGCUGCCGAGAAGGACGACCUCCUUGAUGACUUCUACUCCGAUCUGAAACACAAUCUACUUGACUAUAAUCCUGAGACAUUCAACAGCGAAUACCUUCUGGCCUAUGUGUUUAUUGAGAAAGUAUGAAUCCAGACAAUGUUGUGCUUUGAUAUGGUCAUCUCUGAUACAAAACACACAUCCAUUUCACUACCGCAGUCAAUUGAAACUGUUCAAAGCGUCCAACCCAUGAACCAAUCGUCUCCAUACAAUUAAUCUUGUGUAAAAUAGUAAACUUGUAUCACUCGUACACAAAUAAAUCAUGUUGAAAGCUAAGCACGGUUA